AUGAGCUUAAGGAGUUUAUCCCGGCUUUCAUCCCUUUUUCCAACGACAUCGAGGUUCUUUCGUGCAAGAAGCUUCGGUGAUCACAUACUUCAUACCAGAGCAACGACGAGUGUUACGCGUUAUCAACCGUUGAGCCUAGCACAUGAGGAAAAAUUGAAAGAAGUGGCCGCUUCGAAACUGAGGCCCAAGCAAAGAAAACGACGAGCGACUUCAGUUGCCCAGGCAGACAGAGACAGGCUUCCUAAAGUUGUCGCUAUCCCGUUGGCAGAGACGAUUGAUUUGAAGGCACUGUUGCGUAGCAGAGGUUUCCUAUCUUUGUACAAAGCGUCGUACGUCUAUAAAGAGUUCGAUGAUGUUCUGCAUCUUAUGAAGAAAGAGGAAUAUAGUGUGCACAAAAACGAUCGUGAGAGCGAGUUCUACAUCUUUGAAGAAGGCGUUAUCGUAUUUUGGAAUGUUUCAAUUGAAGACCGUGUGCAAUUGUUGCGUGGACUUGAAGAAUUUAUGGUCGAUCCUUAUGAAAGUUCAAUUGCUGGUCAAGAACAGGAUUCAAUGCCUUAUGGUUUCACAGAAGAACCGAUGUCCAAAAUCAAAUUUGAUUGUUUUGUUCUCUCCGAGGAUUUACAUAAAGCUCUAGACAAAGGCAAUGAAGCCGUUUUACAACGCUUAGCCUUUUCGCAUGCACUAGCUGCCAGCGUGAAAGUUGGUGUCUGGGAGGAAUUGCUCAAUUUGUUAGCAGAGACUCAAGCUGAUGUUAUCAAGGAAUUGAAAAGAGGAAAAAUUACUUGGGGACGUCAAGAAGCACUCAAACGAGCUGGACAAUUUGCUGAUUUGAGGAAUGUAAUCAAUAUCGAAUGCAAUUUACUAAACGAAGACCUGUAUUGGGAGAGGGACGAUCUUCAGAAGUUUUACAAAAUGACAUAUCAACAUCUAGCUCUUGAUCGGAGGAUCACGUCUUUAAAUAAGCGUCUUGAUUAUUGUGAAGAAUUAGUGAAAAUGGUCGACAACAAUUUGGCUCAUAGACACGCUUCACACCUUGAAUGGAUGAUCAUUGUCUUAAUCAUCAUUGAAGUGUUUUUUGAUUGCUUCCACUAUUUUGAUUCGUCUCCAAAGAAAGUGGAAAUUGUUGACAAUACUAAGCCAGUUGAAGCGCCAACUAUU